AUUUUGUUUACCUGGAGGAAACCUGAGACAGCUACUCGCCUUAGGGAGUGACGAGGAAACCAACUCCUAGAGACCGGAAAAAACAAAAACAAAUGAUUCUCAUUUGGGGGUUAACUUGGUUCUGGCGUCACACCCCUCACUUUGGUUGAAAGGCAUGAGAGGGAAAAGUGGGACCAUCUGACAAAAGGGAGGAGCUUCAGGAAUUUACCACGUCUGGGAUCUGUUCAGAUGGUAAACAGAGGGUCACAUGGGGCAAUAGCCUUGGAGCUAUGUGAAAAAAAAGGGAGGGAAAAGAACAAGGAAGGAGAAGAGUGUCGGAAUACACUGAGGAACUUUGGCCUGCCUCAUGUGCAGGAGGCGGUCCUUUCACCCUCGGUUGAGAGGACGCCACAAAGACUGAGGAAACAAAGAGUGGAGUAAGUGCCAUGUUGUGGUUGGACUUUAAAACACAUUUUCCUUAACUUCCUAAAGCCUCUCUAGCUGGGGUGAAAGUUCGGCAGAAGACACAUUCUCGGUACUCAGCAUCCGGUGCGUCCUCUGAGCUGUUUUUGGGAGCAAAGAUGCCCACAAACUUCACUGUUGUGCCCGUGGAGGAUGACAGCAGCAACAAUGGAGCUUCUGCUGCUGCUGCUUCUGCUGCUGCUUCUGCUGCUGCUGAGGAGAGUAAACCUGUCAGUUUUGACAACAUCUUUCAGGAAGCGAAAAGCGUGGACAGCAUUCAGGAACUUCAUCCAGGGGAUGAAAGUCAGAGAGAGACAACUCCAUUUCUCAACUCAGACGACGACGGACAAAUCUCUUAUGACGGCAAAAACAUGGCUCUGUUUGAGGAGGAAAUGGACAGCACUCCUAUGGUGUCGUCUCUUCUCAACAAACUGGCCAAUUACACCAACUUGACACAAGGCGUCCGCGAGCACGAAGAGGCCGAGGAUGGAAACAGAAGAGCCCCUGUCGUGAUCCCCCAAAUGGGAACGUUCAUCGGCGUUUACCUGCCCUGCCUGCAGAACAUUCUGGGAGUGAUCCUUUUCCUGCGCCUCACUUGGAUUGUCGGGGCAGCGGGAAUCCUGGGGUCUUUCGCCAUUGUCUCUAUGUGUUGCAUUUGUACUUUUCUCACUGCAAUUUCAAUGAGCGCCAUAGCAACCAACGGAGUUGUACCAGCUGGAGGAUCAUACUACAUGAUCUCCAGAUCUUUGGGCCCAGAAUUUGGGGGAGCAGUUGGUCUCUGUUUCUACCUGGGAACCACUUUUGCUGGAUCUCUGUACAUCCUGGGUACCAUAGAGAUUCUGCUGAUCUACAUUGUUCCAACAGCUACAGUGUUCAAAGACAACACUGAAGACGCCAAGCACAACAACAUGCGUGUCUACGGCACUUGCUGUCUUCUCCUCAUGGCGCUAGUUGUGUUUGUGGGAGUGAAGUAUGUGAACAAGCUGGCUCUUGUGUUUCUAUCCUGUGUGAUUCUAUCCAUCAUGGCCACCUACGCAGGAGCUAUAAAGACCCUGAUUGAACCGCCGGAGUUUAGCGUCUGCCUGUUGGGGAACCGCUCUCUAAAGAAUGAAAUGUUUGAAAAGUGUGCCAAGGUGGAGAUCAUAAAAAACAGAACCGUCCCCACCAAGCUCUGGGACAUCUUCUGCGACGGCCAUUAUCCCAACGCCACCUGUGACGAAUACUUUACCUUAAAUAAUUUAACAGAGAUACAAGCCAUACCUGGGCUGCUGAGUGGGGUCAUCAAAGAAAACCUAUGGAGCAAUUACGGUCCAGCUAGAGAGGUAAUAGAGAAGCAAAACCAGCCCUCAGUACCAGCUCCAACCCCAAAGACUGACAAAGAGCAAAACUAUGUCUUCAGUGACAUCGCUACUUUCUUCACGCUGCUGGUGGGGAUCUACUUCCCAUCUGUAACAGGUAUAAUGGCGGGUUCAAACAGAUCAGGUGAUCUCAGAGAUGCUCAGAGGUCCAUCCCAGUGGGAACCAUCCUGGCCAUUCUUACCUCUUCUUUCAUCUACAUCUCUUUCGUGGUCUUGUUUGGAGCUUGCAUUGAAGGAGUGGUCCUGAGAGACAAGUUUGGAGAGUCAAUAAAGAGGACACCUGUGAUAGGUGUUCUGGCAUGGCCAUCCCCCUGGGUGAUUGUGAUUGGAUCAUUUUUCUCCUGCUGUGGUGCAGGUCUGCAGAGCCUCACUGGCGCCCCCCGGCUCUUGCAGGCUAUCGCUCGUGAUGGGAUUAUCCCAUUCUUACAGGUUUUCGGUCAUGGGAAGGCUAAUGGAGAGCCCACUUGGGCCCUUCUGCUGACAGUUGGAAUCUGUGAGAUAGGAAUCCUCAUCGCCUCUCUGGAUGAUGUAGCACCCAUCCUGUCUAUGUUUUUCCUCAUGUGUUAUCUUUUUGUCAACUUGGCCUGUGCUGUUCAGACUCUACUCUGUACCCCAAACUGGAGACCUCGCUUUAAGUUCUAUCACUGGACUCUGUCCUUUCUGGGAAUGAGUCUCAGCCUUUCCCUCAUGUUCAUCUGCUCCUGGUACUAUGCUCUGGUUGCCGUGGUGAUAGCAGGAUGCAUCUACAAAUACAUUGAAUACAGAGGGGCAGUGAAAGAAUGGGGCGACGGGAUCAGGGGCUUGUCCUUGAAUGCAGCGCGGUACGCUCUUAUCCACCUUGAGGAAGCACCACUGCACACCAAAAACUGGAGACCACAGCUGCUAGUUUUGUGUAAGCUGGACUCAGACCUGGCGGUGAAGCAUCAUCGUCUGCUGUCCUUCACAUCGCAGCUGAAAGCAGGGAAGGGGCUGACCAUCGUCUGCUCGGUACUCGAGGGCACUUACAUGACCCACAAGGAGGACGCCAAGACUGGCGAGCAGAACCUCAAAACAGCCAUGGCAGCAGAGAAGAUGAAAGGUUUCUCCCAUGUCGUCGUGUCGUCCAGCCUGCGGGACGGGUUCUCCAUAAUGAUCCAGUCUGCAGGACUGGGAGGAAUGAAGCACAAUGCAGUCCUCAUGGCUUGGCCAGCAGGCUGGAAACAGGCCCAGGAUUCCUCUGCAAGGAAGAACUUUAUAGAGACAGUCAGAGAGACGACAUCAGCGCAUCAGGCUCUGCUGGUUGCUAAAAACAUUGAUCGUUUCCCUGACAACCAAGAGCGUCUGAAGGAGGGAACCAUCGACGUGUGGUGGAUCGUACAUGAUGGUGGACUGCUCAUGUUGCUGCCUUUCUUGCUCAUGCAGCACAAGGUGUGGAGGAAGUGCCGAAUGCGUAUCUUCACCGUGGCCCAGAUGGAUGACAACUCCAUCCAGAUGAAGAAGGACCUGGAGACAUUCCUCUACCAUCUUCGCCUGGAUGCAGUGGUGGAGGUGGUGGAAAUGCAUGACAGCGAUAUCUCAGCUUUCACCUACGAGAAGACACUGAUGAUGGAGCAGAGAUCCCAAAUGCUCAAACAGAUGCAGCUGUCCCGCACAGAGAGGGAAAGAGAGAUUCAGAGCAUCACUGAUGUAUCACGUGGUUCCAUAAAGAGGAGGAAGUGGACCGGUGUUGUUGGCGGCUCCCCUUUUCAGACCCAGAGCAUUCCAGAGGACGAGGCCCAGCUGAUUCAUGACAGAAACACAGCCUCUCAUUCUGCAACGAACGACAAAGCUGCAGGUUCAGCGCCGGAUCGCGUCCACAUGACGUGGACCAAAGACAAGCUGCUAAACGAGAGGAACAAACAGAGAGAAGGCAUGGCGGUUAAGGAUAUGUUUAACAUGAAACCUGAGUGGGAGAGCCUGAGCCAGUCCAAUGUGCGGAGGAUGCACACAGCUGUGAAGCUAAAUGAAGUUGUGGUCAAGAACUCCCACAAUUCAGAACUGGUCUUGCUCAACAUGCCGGGCCCACCCAAGAAUAAGAAAGGAGAUGAAAACUAUAUGGAGUUCCUGGACGUUCUAACGGAUGGCCUAGAACGCGUCUUAUUGGUUCGUGGAGGAGGUCGAGAGGUCAUUACCAUCUACUCUUAGCGCCGAAAGAACAUAUUUUAUUAUUUUGAUUUAAAGCUAGAAGAACACAGCUGGGCUGAAGAAAAUCGAGGGGUUUGAAACCAUGAGGAAAGACAGAGAACACAGAUUCUCACUGCCAACGAACGAACAGACUGAUAGAAGACAAUUUGCCACUUAAUAUUUUGGAGCAAAGUGAUCAUUCAGGACGAAAAAACUGAGUUCACACACCCUGAUUUCAGUGCUCUUUCAUCAAAACCAGAGGGCUCAGUGGUGGUGGAAGAACCAACAUCUGCACGGCUGCCUUCAUUUCCUUGUUUUCCAAAACAAUGUGUCAGUGUUCCUCACUGGAGUAUGUCCUUCUGUCUUCGCUCCCUUGUUAAAAGUGUAUUUUUGUGCAAAAGCUGCCAUGGAAACAGUCGGUUUCACUGCCAACUGCAGACCAAAUGUAAAGGAACAUUGUUAAAUUGCAAUACUGCAAGUAACAUUUGAUCUGCAUGCUGUAGAAAAAUAUUGUGCAAUCUAAUGAUAGUGUGACCUACCCUAAUUGUAUAGAUUAUAUAUUUUAUGUAUAUUUUUUGGAAUAAGUUUUCAUCAUUUUUGACUUAAACACAACUGUAUCAAGUAUGCGUAAAAAGAGGUUUAUUUUUACGGCAUUUAAACUAUUGAAAUUGAUUUUUUUAUAACAGCAAAUUUUUAACAAAAGUGUCAAUUCGUUUCAAGAAUUGCAUUGAAACUGUUUAUUAUUGUUGUUUUUUUUAUUCUUUUUUAAUCUAGCAACAAUACAAAAAAUGAAAGCAUAUGACACAUGUGUAUAUAAUAAAAAUGUGAAGGAAAGAAAAGUAUUGUUGUUUUCCGUUUAAUAAAGCCAUAAGAUGAGAACAUCAAGUAUUUUGAGACUCGUGUGACCGGCAGGAUCAUGUGGUUUUGCACUCAGGAAUCCAAAUGAAAAAAACAAAAUUGUGCGUCUGCUCAACUUCAUUGCACAUGUUGUUUGUUUCGAUUUUAAAGGUGACUGAAUAAGAAUAAUUAUGAACUUGUGCGUGUAUGAACAGGAUAAAACUGUGCUAUUAUAAUGAAAUGCAGUGUCUCUUGGCACUGGACUUCAGACUCAGACUUGAAUCACACUCACAUGCAGAGAUGUCUCACUUGACUUGACCUCAAUACUUGAGACCUGAAUGUAGUGAGUUUUGAGACUUUUGAACUUGAUAUUUAUUAAGUCUCUUCUAAUUUUAUCUUGCUACAGGACCUGGAUGUCCUUUCUAAAAUUAAAAGCUCUGUUUAAAAUGCAGAAACCCAAACUAACUGCCUGUUAUUGUUUCCACGAGCUGUUUAAAUAAAGUAGAUUGUGAAAAAUUGUGACAGAAAAUUGUUUGUUUUAAACAUGAUUUUUAAUACUAAAAUCUUGACUUGAAAUUUCCAUUCAAGACUUGGCUUAAAUUUGCGAGGUUGCCAUGGUGUAGAGGAAGAGUGGUCUACCUCUGAUCAAAAGGUUGCAGGUUCGGUUCCUGCCCUGCCUGCCCUGUCGACAUGUUCUUGGGCAUAACACUGAACAUUGGUCCCUCUGGUUAUGGUUUGGCAGCAGAGGCGCCAUCACUGUGUCAAUGUGUGUUUGCUGAAUGGGACUGUGACUGUAAAGCACUUUGUGCUGUCGAAGAAGGUGGUAAAACGCAAUAAAAGUACACGAGAUUCCCCA